AUGCUCGACGUGGUCAAUUCCGUUAAAUUCUGUUUCUCUCACGUCCGUCAUGCGUCCGUUAUGUCUUUGGCAUUUUCUUAUUUUUCUUGUUCUUAUAUAGGGAUUAGUGAGAGGGUGAGGGGAGGAUUGGAGAACAUUCGAGUUGUGGGAGGCCAUUGGGUCGGGGAGUGUGGCGAUCACUCGAAUACUGCCGAUUUUGUUAUCUCGCUAUCUUCGAUAAAAAGUCCUCUCACCAUCCCUCAUUUUCACUCGUUCCAUUACUUUUCUUUGUUAUUACGUUACGAAAUUUCCGGGUUCUUAUCAUUUGGUAUCGGAGCGGUCCCGAUCCUCGAGAUUGCUUAUGACCAAAACCAGAAUGGAGCAACAAAUGGAAAAAAUCGAAGCGAAAUCCUUAAGCUUCCGGGUUUAGAGAAACAAAUUGAUGAUAUGAGGACGGAGCUAAAUGGGUCAAUCGUCGCUUUAUUCCAAAAGCUGGAUGACACUAUGAGACUUAGGGGGAAGGAGGUCGGUGUUGAAGGAAGUACCCGGGAGAACCAAGCUUUACCAAGUCUGCAGUCGAGACGUCGGAAUCCAUUAAAUCCGAAGCUAAGGUCAUAUUGGAGAAAAUGGUGGAGAGAGAACGACAACCUCGAAAAGCUGGAUUUGGCCACUUUUGGUGGGGAAGAUCCGGAUUCAUAG